AAUAUACUGGAUAUGGCCGUCGGCUGCUACUGUCAUUUGGUCUAGCUGUCUUUUGUUGCCUCUGGAAACAGCCGACGCGCCUCGCCGACCGAUCUUACAGUGCCAGCCACGCACCUGUAGAGGAGAACAUACCUUGAGAUUUGGUGCCAACACAGCCUUAAGUUUUAGUGGUGGGGAGGAAACGCGGUUUUAAGUUCAAAUUUUCGCAACAAUUUAAAGAAUACUCGGCCGUAAGAAAUCUACGAGCCCUUCAUGGUGAGCUGAAGACCAGAGUCAGCCGUUGGGGGGUGGCCAGCCCCAGACAGACGCCACAUGCAGCGUUGAGGAUGAGCUCCGAACAGGCCGGCGUGGAUCUGGAGAUCGACGUGGCUGACCUCAGCACCAGUUCCGCCGACAUCAUCCUGCACGUGUCCAAGAGCCAGCAGGACUCAAAGAGCGAGCUGGCCGCGACAGACGUGGCCAGUAACGCAGCAGACGUGGUCAGUAACGCAGCAGACGUCAAUCUAGGCGGCGGCGACCACACCAAUGACCUUGAGGCGAUCACAUUGUUUUACCAGGACGCCAUUGUUAAGAUUUCAAUAUUUAUCGACUACACAAGAAAAGUUGUGCCUUCGGCGUGCCGGCGCCUGUGCCGCCUGAGCUGCCGCUACGGCUACUUCCUGUUCCCCUUCUGGUACUGCUACUGGUACCUGCUGGAGCCCACUGAGAUGCCCAGCAAGCUGGAGUACACCAUCGUCCGCCUGCUGCCCUGGAUCUUCCUCAUAGAGACGGCCAGACACGUCCUGCAGAUCUCGCCCCGUCACUACAGGUAUGUGCAAGUUGGUCUGCUGCUGUGUGCGUCAGGUGACGUGGUCAUCAUCUGGUUCAAGAGCCGCAUGCUGCUCAGUGUCUUCUUGAUGUGUGUCGGCCAUCUCAGCUACACCAUCGGCUUGUUUCAACACUAUAAGGCGUCCCUGUACAUCCGGAUUGUUUACCCUUUCAACUUUAUGACCUUUGCCGCCCUCAUCUACGUGGCAGGGGCCACGGUGGUCACCAUGUCGGUCAUCGCUGUCACGUUGUUUGUCACCGUCGUCAGCUACUUCGUGGUGUCAGGGGAAAGAAACUUCCAGAAGCGCUCCUGUUUCCUGGGCUUGGCCGGCGUGAACCUGUUCCUGCUGAGUGACAUGCUCUUGUUGAUGAGGGAGCCGACGCCCCAGCCCGAGAGACCGGCUCCCGCCCCCGUGCCCGCCCCCGUGGGCUGGACUCACUACGUGAACUGGCUGAUGGACGAUGACCUGCUCAACAAGUUGAUGACUUUAAAGUUUGGCCCACCGGACCUGGUCAACAAAUGACCUCGGUCUAGUUAACACCCAGUUUCAAUGACCUAAGACCUAUUUGCUGUACCCAUCAGGGCGGAACGUGACCUAAGCUGUGAGAUCCGAGUUGUACAAAUGACCUUAACCUGAAGACCUUGCUAGAGAGUAGCUUAAAGGUCCUGUGUCCUAAAGAGCUUGCUAGGGGCAGUAGUGUGUACCCAAAUGUUGAAUGUAGCACAUCGCCCUGACAUCAUGAGCCCUUGUGUACGGCCUGCGCUCAAUGUUUUGAUCUCAUCUUCCAGUGGCGGCAACACGCCAGUGGUCAUCAAUAUUUCAUUUCAAUAAAUCGCUUCAAA